AUCACUCAUUCACUACUCCACAGAAAAUUCCUGAACGUAUAUAGCACAGCAUUACUCCCUCCUUUUCCGGCCGACGAGCGAGAGCUGAGAGAUGGCAGCCGGCGACAACACCAAGCCGCACGCGGUGUGCGUCCCGUUCCCGGCGCAGGGCCACGUGACGCCGAUGAUGAAGCUGGCCAAGGUCCUCUACUGCAAGGGCUUCCACAUCACCUUCGUCAACACCGAGUACAACCACCGCCGCCUGAUCCGGUCCCGGGGCCCCCAGGCCGUCGCGGGCCUCCCGGGCUUCCGCUUCGCCACCAUCCCUGACGGCCUGCCGCACUCGGACGCCGACGCCACGCAGGACCCCGCCGCGAUCUGCGACUCCACCAUGAAGACCUGCCUCCCGCACCUCAAGCGCCUGCUCGACCGCCUCAACCACGACGCCGCCGGCGAUGGCGAGCAGGUGCCGCCGCCGCCGCCGCCGGUGACGUGCGUCGUGGCCGACAACGUCACCAGCUUCUGCCUGGACGCUGCCAAGGACAUCGGCGUGCCUUGCCUGCUCUUCUGGACGGCCAGCGCCUGCGGCUACCUGGGCUACCGCCACUUCCAGUUCCUCAUGGACGAAGGCCUUGCGCCUCUCAAAGACGAGGCGCAGCUGACGAACGGGUACCUGGACACGCCGGUGGGGUGGGCGCGCGGGAUGAGCAAGCACAUGCGGCUCAGGGACUUCCCGAGCUUCAUCUACACGAUGCAGCGCGGCGACAUCCUGCUGGACUUCAUGAUGCACGAGGUGUCGCGGACGAACGCCGCCGCCGCCGUCAUCCUCAACACCUUCGACGAGCUCGAGCCAGAGGCGCUGGACGCCAUGCGCGCCAUCCUGCCGCCGCCCGUCUACACCAUCGGCCCGCUCAGUCUCCUCCUCGAGCGGCUGGUGGCCACCGCCGCCGCCGCCGUCCCUGAACCUGGCGACGACGUCGUCGUCGUCGACGCCGCCGCGCUCGGCACGGUCCGCGCCAGCCUCUGGAAGGAAGACCACACCUGCCUGCGGUGGCUGGACGGCAGGGCGGCCCGCCGGUCCGUGGUGUACGUGAACUACGGGUGCGUCACCACCAUGUCGAACCAGGACCUGGUGGAGUUCGCGUGGGGGCUGGCGAGCAGCGGCUACGACUUCCUGUGGAUCAUCCGGCCGGACCUGGUGAAGGGCGAGACGGCGGUGCUGCCGCCGGAGUUCGUGGAGUCCACCAAGGGCAGGUGCCUCCUGGCGAGCUGGUGCGAGCAGGAGGCGGUGCUGCGGCACGAGGCGGUGGGGGUGUUCCUGACGCACAGCGGGUGGAACUCCAUGACGGAGAGCCUCAGCGCGGGCGUGCCCAUGCUGUGCUGGCCCUUCUUCGCGGAGCAGCAGACCAACCGUCGGUACGCGUGCACCGAGUGGGGCGUGGGGAUGGAGGUCGACGGCGACGUGCGGCGGGAGGCUCUGGCGGCAACGAUACGGGAGGCAAUGGCCGGCGACAAGGGGAAGGAGAUGAAGCGGAGGGCGGACGAGUGGAAGGAGGCCGCCAUUCGGGCCACGCAGCCUGGCGGCACGGCGUUGACCAACCUGGACGACCUAAUCAAGAAUCACGUCCUGCUACCUAAGUGCUGACGGCUCUUUCCUGAAAAAUAAUUUUAGUUUCUAUACUUAGCCAAACUAUCUAAAGUUUGACUAAAUUAAUAAGAGUAAUAUGGAAAAGUAAAAAAUUAAUUAUACUUAUUUGGUUUCAAUAACUAUGAUAUUUUUAGAUAAACUUUGCCAAAACACAAAUGCUAGUUUCAUGUAAAGUCGCUCUAAGCCCUAUUGAAUAAGCUGAUAAGUGUUGGUGUACUUAUAUAUAACAAAGGGCACAAGAAAGUAAAGGGCUGCUUGAUUCAUGCAGUGGCUUUGCCUCGUCUUGUGGAGGCUCUGGCGGCAA